CGACUCAAAAAUCACCUUUUGAGUCGACUCAAAAAUCCCCUUCCUCUCCCCUGUUGUGUUGACCACUGGCAGACCGCAGAACGUGGGAGUCUGGAGCUCACAGGGCAGCUGGGCGAUACAGGAGAGCGAGGCAGUCUAGAGCUGACCGGGCAACUGGGCGACGUGAUGAAGGAGAGUGCCACCAUCGCCCACACGGUGGCCGGCAGAUUCUGGGCCGAGCCGACCCUGGGAAUGACUUUUCAAGAAGACGCGCAUGCACAUGCACGGCCGGCCGGGGCCACGCCCAAGGACGGGCCGAGCGCAGGUUGCACGAUGAUCACUGCCAUGCUGUCGCUGGCGCUGGGGAAGCAUGUGAAGGCGGACCUGGCGAUGACUGGAGAAGUCACUCUUACAGGGAGGGUGCUUCCUAUCGGGGGGUGAAGGAGAAGACCAUCGCUGCCAGGCGCAACGGGGUGAAGGUGCUGGUAUUCCCUAAGGCCAACCGCAAGGACUAUGAGGAGCUGCCAGAGCAUGUGAGGCAGGGGCUGGAUGCGUGGUUUGUGGACCACUACGAUGAAAUAUUUGAGCUCGCGUUUGGACGGGAGUGGGAGAGGAUGGACGUGGUAGCUGAUGCGGUGGCUGAGGAGCCGCAGCGGGAGAAGACAGGGGGUAUUAUUGCAUCGUGAUGCAGCGGCUGGAGCCAAUGUGGUUGCUCUGGAGCCACAAAGGGGGACAAGUGGUGCUGUCAAUGGAUCCUUAAUAUGGUAACUACCAGUAGUGGUCAACAUGCGGUCAUUUUCGAGAGUUAGAAUGGUCGAUGUGUUCGCUGAUGAGGCCGGCCUGGAGGCAGAUGGGGGAACAUGGUGUUCUGUCUGUCAUAGCUUAGUCACAUGUGUAAGUUGUAAUGACAAGUAUGCCACUGGCAAUGUGAAGCUGUUUACUUAU